AUGAGGUCCAUGGGAAUUCUAACGAUUGUUCUAGCAGCGGCGAGGGUUGAAAGCCAUGGAGGCAUCUACAACUAUAAGAUCGAUGGCAUCGAUUACGCGGGCCACUACCCCUGGCUUCCCGAGGAAGGCCAGGUGUCAAUACAGCGACGAUGGUGGCCUGACCCUAUAUUGACUACGCAGCAUCCAAAUCUAGCUUGUAAUCGCGGUAACCCGGCGGCAAAGACACUCCCGAAACUUCACGCACCCGUACGUGCAGGUGCCAACGUGACAGCUUGUCCUCCUUACGGAGACUAUGACCCCCCGAUGAAGUGUCAGGGGCCAGAAUACUAUUGGCCACACGGACAGGGGCCCGUUAUGGUCUAUAUGGCUAACUGUGAAGGCCCUUGUGAUGAAUGGGAUGGCACCGGAAAGAGGUGGUUUAAGGUAUGGGAAACAGGUUACUCCCGAACCUCAUGGCCGGAGUGGCAGCCACGUCCCAUACCCGGCGACACACCCAUCAGCACCUGCGAUGCCUGGGAGGCUGGAUAUUACAUCGUCAGGAGGGGCGUAAAUAUGACAAUUCCCAAACCUCUCAAACCAGGCAACUAUCUGAUUCGCCAUGAGGUCAUCAACCUUGAAGCGAAUCUACAGAUAUAUCCUGAGUGCGCGCAGUUGAAUCUUACUAGCGAAGGUGAUGCCGUACCCAGCCCAGAAUACCUUGUCGAGUUUCCCGGAGCCUAUCGCGAUAUCACGGAACCAAGGAAGCUUAAUUUCCGAUAUAUAGCACGGACCAAGGAACAUUAUAUAUAA